CCUUACUUCCGGAUGUGCGUUCCACAUACCGGAAGUUAGUUUUCAUUGACUGCUGCAGCCUCGCAGUGUCCGUGGAGAUCAGGCUCUUCCACAGAUACGGAGACAGUUCCACCCCAGAUGGACACACAAGCAGGAAUAUCUCAGAAGGACAUCUAAUGUUAUCCCCGGAUUGUGACAUAAAAGAUAAUGACAGUAGACAGGAUUCUCCAGGAGAUAACCCCAUUACCCCAAUUAUACAUCCAGCUCUAUCAGCUGAUCCCUCUGAUCCUGGGAAAUGUUCUCCUGAUCACUCUGAUAUUGGUGCAUUUGUUACAGCUCUGACAGUAGAUACAGUGUUUCCCUGUUCUAUAGAUACCAAAUGUUUUACACAGAACACAAAGCCUAUUAACCAACAGACAGGUAAGGCAGGUGAGAGGCCAUUUCCAUGUUCUGAGUGUGGGAAAUGUUUUACAGAUAAGUCAAAUCUUGUUAUACAUGAGAGAGUACAUACAGGUGAGAAACAAUAUUCCUGUUCUGAGUGUGGGAAAAGUUUUUUACAGAAAUCAGAUCUUGUUACACAUCAGACAAUUCACACAGGUGAGAGGCCAUUUUCAUGUUCUGAGUGUGGGAAAUGUUUUUUACAAAAAUCAGUUCUGGUUAGACAUAAGAGAACUCACACAGGUGAGAAGCCAUUUUCCUGUUCUGAGUGUGGGAAAUGUUUUUUAAAUAAAUCAAAUCUUAUUACACAUCAGAGAAGUCACACAGGUGUGAAGCCAUUUCCAUGUUCUGAGUGUGGGAUAUGUUUUUUAAGUAAAUCAAAUCUUAUUACACAUCAGAGAAGUCACACAGGUGAGAGGCCAUUUCCAUGUUCUGAGUGUAGGAAAUGUUUUUUACAGAAAUCAGAUCUUGUUAAACAUCAGAGAAGUCACACAGGUGAGAGGCCAUUUCCAUGUUCUGAGUGUGGGAAAUGUUUUUUACGUAAAGGUCAUCUUGUUACACAUCAGAGAAGUCACACAGGUGAGAGGCCAUUUCCAUGUUCUGAGUGUGGGAAAUGUUUUUUUAGUAAAGCACAUCUUGUUGCACAUCAGAGAAGUCACACAGGUGAGAGGCCAUUUCCAUGUUCUGAGUGUGGGAAAUGUUUUUUACAGAAAUCAGAUCUUGUUAAACAUCAGAGAAGUCACACAGGUGAGAGGCCAUUUCCAUGUUCUGAGUGUGGGAAAUGUUUUUUACGUAAAGCUUAUCUUGUUACACAUCAGAGAAGUCACACAGGUGAGAGGCCAUUUCCAUGUUCUGAGUGUGGGAAAUGUUUUUUACAGAAAUCAGAUCUUGUUAGACAUCAGAGAACUCACACAAGUGAGAAGCCGUUUCCAUUCCCUGAGUGUGGGAAAUAAAUCAGCUCUUGUUGAGCACAUUAGACAUUACCCAAGUGAGGAACCAUUUUAAUCUUCUGGAGUAUAAUUAUCACUGUCAUGCAUUGUUCCUCAAGGUUCUGUCCUAUCUCCUAUACUUUUUGCAUCUACAUGCUGCCACUGGGUGAAAUAAUCAGACGUCAUGACCUGGCCUACCACUGCUAUGCAGAUGACUUGUCUUCUGCUCCAUGUACUGAGAACCAAACACCAAUCCUAAGUGGGAUGGUAAUGAUAUCCCGGCGGAUGGAAUGCUGGCUGUGUCAAUAUACCAACAGCGGCAUCCCGGCUGCCAGAAUACCGGCAGUGCUCGCUAUGCUGCAGGCGUGGUGGCCUCGUUGCGCUCAUCACAGUUUUUAUUCCCACUCUAUGGGUGUCGUGGACACCCACGAGUGAGAAUAGCUGUGGCGAGUGCUAUUGACAUUCCCGGCUGUUAACUACAUCCCAUCCUAAAUGGUUGUCUAGCUGAGCUCCAGGGGUGGAUGAUCCCAGUUGGCUGUGACUCAGUCUUAGUGAAACAUAAUAGAAGAUCACCAACAAAGGACAAGACUACAGCUUUACCAACCAUCAUGACUUAUACUUUGGGGUUCAGAGUUACAAAAUGCUGACUGCGGAAUCUUUGUGUUGUCCUGGAUUGUGGCUGACACAGACAUCAGGUAUCAGCCACAUUCAAAUCCUCGUUCUUUCAUCUGUGGACCAUAGCCAGAAUCAAGCACUUGAUUCCCUCAGAAGUUCAUAGACUACUGCAAUGCCAUCUACCUGGGUCACCCAGCAAAAUAAUUACAGAGCUUGCAGCUAGUACAGAAUGCAGCAGCCAAGCUGUUACCUAACCCGUUCCUGCCACAUAACACCCAUUCUCUAGUCCCUUCACCGGCUGCCUGUAAGAUGGUGACUACAUAAUCUUACUGACUCUCCCAGCCCUACAUUUCAUGGUCCAAGGUACCAGAAGCAGCUUCUAACUCCUUACUGCCCCGCUUGUUUAUUUCUGCAGAUAAAGGACUGUUACCAGCAGCACCAGAAAACUCCCAUGAUGCAUUUGGGGGUCAAACUUUUAGCUUUGUAGCCCUGGCCAUGGAACUUGCUGCCUCGCACAGUCCAAGAGGUCUCCAUCCUAGAGCCCUUCACAAGCAGGCUGAUGACUGACCUAUUACUCAUUUCAUUAAUGCUCCUCUAGUUCUUACAUAUAUCCCACAUGCUUAGUUCUUUGUUCUGUUGUUUAUUUUGUAACUUGUGCUUUGUGUGAUUGUGUAAUGCCAGUUUGUACUAUCUAUAUUGCUGCACGACAAUAUGGCGGCCAUAGGAACGUGUUUCCACUUCUAGUUUCCCAUUCUUAUCUCAUCUGAUCAUCUUAAUCAGGAGUGUUGUGGGAUACAAGAUCCUAUCCAUAUAUACAUUAUCAUGUGCAUUAGAGUCACCCGGGUUCCAUCUGCGGUGGUUUGUUGUAUGUUACAUCUAUAUGGUGCGGAUACUCCCCUGUAUGAUUCCAUAAUAAAAGCUUUUGUUUGCAG